ACACGCGUCCGAGCCCAACUCGAUGGAUCCUUCCCAGCCAAGAUUCCUGACCCGUGGGGAGCGAAUCCGGCAAAGCGACGGCGAAUGGAGGGGGGGGGAGAGAGCCAUGAGGGUUCGCUGCCGGCCUGGCCGCGGCAACUACAUAAGCCGCGCUCCUGCUGUUCGCGAGGAGGAGGAGGAGGAUGGGGCGGCAGCGUGGGCGCGUGGUGCUGCGGCGGAUCGAGGACCGGAGGCGGCGGAGGAUCUGCUUCCGGAAGCGGCGAGCGGGGCUGAUCAAGAAGGCGGAGGAGCUCGCCGUGCUCUGCGAGGCCGACGUCGGCCUCAUCGUCGUCAACCCCUUCGACCGCUCCUUCCACUGCUUCGCCGCGCCCGCCACUAUGGAAAACAUCAUGGCACGUCAUCAGAACUUCCCAGCCGUUAAAAAGAGAGGACAUGGCAGGAGCAUUCUUAAGCACGCGACAAAGAGCAGAGGCAAGGAUUUUCAACUUCCCAGGGCAAUAACAGAUAGAAGUCUGAACAUUGCUGACAUGUCAAUUGAUGAAUCAAAUAUAUCCCAAUUGACCAUGGACCAGCUCAGCCAAAUUGAAAGAAAAGUGGAAGAUGCACUAAGGAGUACGAAGGCAAGAAAGGGUAAAGCACUGCUUGAGGAGAGGGACUUGAUAAAGAGGAUCUCCGAGAAGGAGAAGAAGCAGGAGGGAGGAAUGUAUGGAGCUGGAUGCCAGCAGAGUGACGAGCAGGUGGAUGUGACGCUCAGGCUUGGCUUCGGCAUAGGCUAUGACAUUGGUUGCUCGCAUGGGCACCAAAAGCCAAUUAACCUCAACAUGCCGUGAGAGAAGCUCUCGGUGACAAGCCCCGUCAUGAGCUCAGUUGUUGCGGGUGACGCUGCAUCUGAAGCAUCUCCCCGUUAAUUUUCUGUAGUAGAUACUGUGCUGGAUGAAACAGAGAAGGAUAUACGGAUCUUCUCCAGACUUUACCAUAGCCAAUAUUUAGUUGGCUGAAGUUAAAUAUGCAACUAUCCAAAAUUACAAAACACGUGCACAGCACUUCACUCAAAUGUUUUUAGGGGUGGUUUAAAAACUUGUUCAGCCUAUGUGGAUUCUGUUGUGCUCAUUGGAGUGACUUCACAAAGAGUGCAAGUUGAGCACCAAAUUCAUGUUCUUAUCCAUGACUAUCAUAAAUAAAGACUCGACCAAUCAGGGACUAGCCCCUGGUGGCAUUUUCCCGA